ACCAGAGGAGCUGGCGGACUUGCCUCCCCUGGCUCCUUGUGUCUGGCCGCCUGGCCAGGCCCCCACAGCCCGGUCUCCCCAAGGACCCUACACUGAGGCUUCUGUGGGUCUGCCUCCUUGUGGGGCACAGUGGGGCCUGGAUGGAGGCCUGUCUCCCGCAGCUGCCUCAGAGGUUGCUCCUGCUGGGGGCGGCCGCCCUGACCGUGUCUGCUGUGGAGACAGCCGACCUGGUGGAGCGCUGCGGGCAGACGUGGCAGGGGGCCGGGCUGCUGUUGCGUUCGCACCCCGCGUCGCGCAGGUUCUACUUCGUGGCCCCGGACACCGACUGCGGGCUCUGGGUGCGGGCGGCGGCCCCCGGCGACAGGAUCCGCUUCCAGUUCCGCUUCUUCCUGGUCUACAGCCUGACCCCGGCGUCCCCGGCGCCCCCGGCGCCCCCGGCGCCCCCCGCGCCCAACGCCUCCUCCCCGGCGCCCGCCGACCGCUGCGCCCCCGGCUCCUACCUGCAGUUCUACGAGGGCCCGCCGGGGGCGCCCCGGCCCCUGGGGGCCCCGCUCUGCGGCCUGACCAUCCCCGCCCCGGUGGCGUCCUCGGGGGACUUCCUGGGCCUGCGCCUGGUCACCAGAGGCCGCCAGCCCCGCGUGGACUUCGUGGGCGAAGUCACCUCUUUCCGGCUGGGAUCCUGCGGUGCCUACUUCCGCUGUGGGAACAGGAGGUGCAUCCCCCAGAGCCUGGUGUGUGAUCCCUGGGGCAUGGACAACUGUGGCGACGGAAGUGAUCAGGCUUCCUGGCCACCAGCCGAGUGCAGAGGCCCCUCUCUGGUGCCCAGCCAGGCCGUGCGUACAGAAGCCUCCGAGCCCCCGACGCUCUCCGCAGCUCUUGGGUCUGCAGGUCCCCUCUGGACCGCAGCUGAGAGGAGCCCCCCGGCGGGCCGGGACCCCGCGCAACAGGAUGCAGCUCCGGGAGGUCCCCGGUUGCGGGGCGUGGCACUGGCCUCCUCGCUGCUCCUGGCCUCCGCCGGCCUCUUCAUGGGCCUCGCCUGGUGCUGUUGCUCCCCGAGCCGACCAGCCUGGCGGGCUAGUGCCCACGGCCCCUGUCCCAGCUGCACCAUCUGUUACACGUGUCCUGGCCAGGUGGGCCCUGGGGGGGCUGCGGCUGAGCGGGCCAGCCUCCCAGGGCCAGGCAGGCCACCCCUAGAGAGGCUGCGGGCGUCGGAGGAAGGCGAGUGGGCUCUGGGGUCAGAUGGACCCUGGGUUCUGCCCUGACCCCCUGGAGGGCUGCUUGACCUUAGGCAGGUCACUUAGCCCCCCCGAGACUCAGUCUUUUCUUCUGGAAAAUGGGAUGAUUCUGGCCUCACAUGGUUGUGGGGAAGGCCACGGGGGGUAACCAGCCCUGCAGCUCGUGGUGGCUGGUGCUCUGCUGGGUCAAUGAACGGCAGGGCCUCCGUGCCCAGGGCAGGGAGCAGGGGCCUCGCUCACCUGAAGCUGCCCUGCUGCACUCCCAGACCUCGCCUGCCCUGCUCUGCCCACCCCAGCCCACCCCCUCAGGUUCCACCAGUCAAGCCCUCCUCAAGGACACGGGAGACAGCCCUGGCGGGGAU